AAAAAGUACGUGAUGCUGAGUUCAGGGAAACUGCUGCAGAGGGUACAAGAAGAGUAGGAGUAGCAUCAGUACUCACAGGUACUUCUGAGCUGCAGGCUGAGAAACCCAGAGAGAGAGAGAGAGAGAGAGAGAGAGAGAGAGAGAGAGAGAGAGAGAGAGAGAGAGAGGGGGCAUCCUGAGUUUCCUCAGCAGUGACUUCCCAGGCAAGGAGAUGUUUUUGACACAGGCGAACACAAUGAGGUUUCUAAUUCCACUGUGUGUGCUGAUAAUACACGUGGGCCUAACAAGGAGCCAAAUUACAGUGGAAACAACGACAGAAACAACAGUGGAAACAACAGGGGGAUCAAUCCCUUAUCAACCACCAGUGGGACCAAUUGUGAACCAUAUCACAGGUAGAUGCUCAGUACCCACAGCACUAUGUUGCAUGGGACAUAAUAAUUCCUGCAAUAGAGGCUGUUAUUGUGAUGAAAUCUGUGUGCAAUUUGGGGACUGCUGUCCAGAUUACUUACAAACCUGCAAAAAUGGAACAUCCCAGGUUACAAACACAACGACUACGACAACGACAACCACAACCACAACACCAAGUACACCCAACCAUGGGGGAUCAAUCCCUUAUCAACCACCAGUGCCAACUACAAUGACUACAACACCAACUACACCGAACAAUGUUCCAACCACAAGGCCAACUACAGUUCAAACUGCAACGACUACAACACCAAGUACACCCAACCAUGGGCCAACUACAGUGCCACCUGCAACAGCUACAACAUCAAGUACACCCAACCAUGUUCCAACCACAAGGCCAACUACUGUGCCAACUGCAACGACUACAACACCAAGUACACCCAACCAUGGGCCAACUACAGUGCCACCUGCAACAGCUACAACAUCAAGUACACCCAACCAUGUUCCAACCACAAGGCCAACUACUGUGCCAACUGCAACGACUACAACACCAAGUACACCCAACCAUGGGCCAACUACAGUGCCACCUGCAACAGCUACAACAUCAAGUACACCCAACCAUGUUCCAACCACAAGGCCAACUACAGUUCAAACUGCAACGACUACAACACCAAGUACACCCAACCAUGGGCCAACUACAGUGCCACCUGCAACAGCUACAACAUCAAGUACACCCAACCAUGUUCCAACCACAAGGCCAACUACUGUGCCAACUGCAACGACUACAACAACAAGUACACCCAACCAUGGGCCAACUACAGUGCCACCUGCAACAGCUACAACAUCAAGUACACCCAACCAUGUUCCAACCACAAGGCCAACUACUGUGCCAACUGCAACGACUACAACAACAAGUACACCCAACCAUGGGCCAACUACAGUGCCACCUGCAACAGCUACAACAUCAAGUACACCCAACCAUGUUCCAACCACAAGGCCAACUACUGUGCCAACUGCAACGACUACAACAACAAGUACACCCAACCAUGGGCCAACUACAGUGCCACCUGCAACAGCUACAACAUCAAGUACACCCAACCAUGUUCCAACCACAAGGCCAACUACUGUGCCAACUGCAACGACUACAACAACAAGUACACCCAACCAUGGGCCAACUACAGUGCCACCUGCAACAGCUACAACAUCAAGUACACCCAACCAUGUUCCAACCACAAGGCCAACUACUGUGCCAACUGCAACGACUACAACACCAAGUACACCCAACCAUGGGCCAACUACAGUGCCACCUGCAACAGCUACAACAUCAAGUACACCCAACCAUGAAAUUGUUCAACUUCCAACCACAACAAUAAUUGAAAUGCCAACUACAACGACUACAACACCAAUGGGAACAAUCUUGUACCAACCACCAGGAUACUUCUACCCAUUUGGACUUGGAGAUAUAGUAAAUGGAAAGAUAGAUGAUGGAAGUUCAUCUGUCAUCACUCUUCAGCAACCAUUUAUAUAUUUUGGAAACACAUACAACCAAAUGUUUGUAAACAACAAUGGACACUUAACCUUUAAUAACCCAUGGAACAGUUUCACUCCCUACCAAUUCCCUGCGCAUGGUGGACGGGACAUCAUUGCUCCAUUUUGGACAGAUAUCGAUAAUCGUGGAAAUGGUGUCAUUUCAUAUCAGCAGUACACUUCUGGCAGUGUUCUCACUCAAGCUACUCAAGACAUAAAUCAAUAUUUCCCCCAGCUGAGUUUCAGUGCCACCUGGGUCUUUGUUGCAACAUGGGAUCGAGUAGCAUACUAUUCUUACUCUGGCACGGAAACAUCUUUCCAAGUAGUUUUGAUUUCCAAUGGCCAUCUUUCAUUUAUUCUGAUGAACUACGGUGUGAUUGCUCCAACAUCCCACCAUGUGCAGGCUGGUUACGACACAGCUAGUUCCAAUGACUAUUUCUCAAUUCCUGGGUCUUUUCAAAACAACUACACAAGUUUCACCUACAGCAGUAAUGUGCAUGUCUCAGGAAGAUGGGCAUUUCGUGUAGAUCAUGGAUCACAAAUGUGUCAUUUUAAUGGCACCUCUGUGCCACGUGAUACCACGUUCUGGACGGAUAACUCUUGCCAGCAAAAAUGCACUUGCACCCAGGCAGGUCUCCAGUGCAUCUCACAGCCAUGCACAUUUUCUCAAGCCUGCCGUCCUGCUGCGUUCCAGUUUGGCUGCCAAAAUAUACCACGCAAAACCUGCACCGUUUAUACUGAUCCCCACUACAUCACCUUCGAUGGUCGAAGCUUUCCCUUUCAAGGAAUCUGUACCUACAUCCUGUCUGAGGCCUGUGGAAAUGACGUGCCAUACUAUCGCGUUGAAGGAAAGAAUGAGCAUCGGGGUAGUACAUAUCUGUCAUGGAUACGCCUGGUUAGGGUAUUUGUCUAUGACAAAGAACUGGAACUGGUGAAAGGUCAUCCAUAUGAGGCCAAGGUGAAUGGAACGUUUGCAGUAACACCAUUCAGCCUUAACAAUGGUUCCAUUCAGGUCUAUCGAUCAGGUGGUUCUAUAGUCAUCAGCACAGAUUUUGGACUGGUUGUUACAUAUGAUACAUAUAGGUAUGUGACCAUCAAUGUACCAUAUGAGUACCAAAACAGCACAUGUGGCCUGUGUGGUAACUUUAAUUACCGCCAAGAUGAUGACUUCCGCACACCUUCAGGAGAAAUCUUGAGCUCAGACUUGGAAUUUGGAAACUCCUGGAAGGCACAGGGUGACAAUGACCCCGGCUGCGAGAAGACCCAGUGCUCAGGCCUAGAAUGUGCAGGUUGUACCACAGAUCAGAGCAACCUUUAUAAUAACUCGGAUCACUGUGGGAUCAUGGCAGAUAUUAAUGGUCCCUUUGCCAACUGCCACUCAAGUCUGUCACCUCAGACCUUUAUAAACAGCUGUGUAUAUGAUCUAUGUGUGGGAGGUGGAUACCAGCCAAUUCUGUGUGGAACAAUCAGUGUUUAUGCUACUCAGUGCCAGCAGCAAGGCAUACAGCUGGGUCAGUGGAGGAGACCAGGAUUCUGUGAAAUGCCAUGCCCUGUCCACAGUCACUAUGAAUUCCAGGGAACAAGCUGCCCAGCAACAUGCAGUAACCCCUCUGCACCUUUACACUGCACCUUACCAAAUCAGGAAAGCUGUAUCUGUGAUGCAGGAUAUGUCCUAAGUGGUGGUGAAUGUGUUCUUCAGAGUAACUGUGGUUGCACUUUUGAAGGACUUUACUAUGCUGAGGGUCAAUCAGUGGUAUUGGACAGUGACUGUGGCAGGCUAUGCACCUGCACCAAUAUGGUAAUGAGCUGUCAACAUCAUCAGUGUGGCCCACAGGAGAUGUGUACCACCAAUAAUGGUGUAAGGGGCUGCAGACCUAUCAGUUAUUCCACCUGUUGGGUUGACCGACUAGGCUCAUAUCACACCUUUGAUGAACUGGCUUUCAGUUAUCCUGGAGCCUGUGAACUCACCCUCACAAGAGUUAUAGGAUCAUCCCUACUAGCUAACUUUGCAGUGAUCAUACAGAAAGUUCCCAUGGGUCUUCAGGGCUUCUCAAAGUUGCUUAAAUUUGAGACAGAUGGAAAACGGAUCUCCAUAGACAUGAAAGAAGGAGGAAGUGUGCAGGUUGAUGGCCAGGUAGUUGCUCUACCUUUCAGUGUUGGCAAUAGUCAAAUCCUUAUCUACCACAGCAGUGUGAACAGUAUCAUUAUAGAAACAUCCUUUGGGGUAACUGUGAGAGCUGACUGGUCACAGCUAAUCAGAAUCACUGCACCCAGCACCUACAAUGGUACACUUGGAGGCUUGUGUGGGAAUUUCAAUGGAAACCAAGGAGAUGAAUUUUACAGCCCAGGUGGAGUCUUGUUAAAUACUGCACAGGUGUUUGGGGAUAGCUGGAGAAAUGGGUCUCAUUCAGCCAACUGCAUAGAAUCAGACGUCAUCCAACCAGGACAGAACAGAAGCGAGUUCACUGAGUACUGCAGCAUCAUGGCCUCUACAGAUGGGCCAUUUGCUCAGUGCCACAGCAGUCUGAACCCUUACAUAUGGAUAGCACAUUGCAGACACAAUUUGGAACAGACCCAUGGUGCCAUAGAGGCCUUGUGUGAGGCUCUACAAGCCUACUCUGUACUCUGCAAGCAAAAUGGCAUUAGUGUAGGAGAAUGGAGAAAUAUUACCAACUGUGAUUUCCCAUGCCCAGCCCAUAGCCACUUUGAGGAAUGUGGCACUUCCUGCCCUGCAGCCUGUCCCAGUCUGUCUUUUCCCUUCCCUUGCACUCAAUACUGCCAAGAAGGAUGCCAGUGUGAUAAUGGGCUUCUGCUAAGUGGAGACCAGUGUGUUCCCCCUACUGGUUGUGGCUGUUUUCAUGAAGGCCGUUACAGGCAGAGUGGAGAGCAGUUCUGGUAUGGUGAGCAGUGUCUUGUCCAUUGUGUCUGUGAUGGGACCUCAGGUAUCGUCCACUGUAGUUCAUCAUCUUGUCAAGAUCAGGAAAUAUGCCGUGUCAUUGAUGGAGAAUAUGGCUGCCAUUCUCAACCCAGUGCUACAUGCUCUGCUUCAGGGGACCCCCACUACACCUCUUUUGAUGGAUAUAGAUUUGAUUUCCAGGGUACAUGCCAAUAUACACUGGCAACUGUAUGUAACGAUACUCUAGGGCUACCAUAUUUUGAAGUCACUGCACGAAAUGAAGCAUGGAAUGGACUCUCAGUGUCAAUCACUGUUGAAGUUAAUGUCAAUGUUUCAGGACAUCUGGUGCACGUUUCACGCAAUAUGUAUGGCACAGCAAAGAUUGAUAGUGAAACCAGGAACCUUCCUGCCCUUCUCGACUCUGGCCGUGUGUCAGUUUACUCCAGUGGACAGAAUACAUAUAUUACAACUGACUUUGGCCUAAGUGUGAGUUACGAUGGCUCUUGGGUGGUGCUAAUCACAGUUCCAGGGAAUUACAGUGGAGCCACAUGUGGCCUCUGUGGUGACUUCAAUGGUAACAGCAAUGAUGAUUUCCGUAUGCGAUCUGGUACGCUGACUUCUUCUGCUUCAGAAUUUGGAGCUGACUGGGAAGUGGGGAAUGACACAACAUGUAAUCACGGUUGUGGAGACUCAUGCUCAGCAUGCCAAGACCCAUCUAUAGCACAGUCUCUGUGUGCAAUCAUAAUUGACAAUCGGGGUCCUUUGAGUUUCUGUCAUGCACAUGUUGAUCCUCAGGCCUAUUUUAAUGACUGUGUCUUUGAUCUAUGCCUCUCUGGGCACAGAAGUGAUGUACUGUGCCGUUCCAUUGAAACGUAUGUUGGUAAAUGUCAGUCUGCCAAUGUCAGGAUUUACCCCUGGAGAGAAAACACGACAUGCCGUAUGGACUGCCCCAUGAACAGUCAUUAUGAGCUAUGUGGCUCAGACUGUGGAGACACCUGUGCCAGCUACAUAAAUGCUACGUGUGACACAGCAUGCAGAGAGGGCUGUUUCUGUGACGAAGGCUUUGUAAGGAGUGGUGGAAACUGUGUGCCUGUGGAGCAGUGUGGUUGCUCAUACAAUGGAUUGUAUUUCCAGGCCGGUGAGCAGUUCUGGACUGAAGGAUGUUCACAACGCUGUGAGUGCUUUGCUCCAAAUGACCUGCGCUGCAUCUCUGCCUUUUGCACUCCCACCCAGGAGUGUGUGGUCAAGAAUGGUAGACUCGGCUGCUACAGCCAAAUGUCAACUUGCAUGGUCUCAGGCGAUCCCCAUUAUUUUACCUUUGAUGGGGCUGUGGCCCACUUUCAGGGUACUUGUUCAUAUGAGAUUUCUCAGACAUGUGGGAGUGUCUCUGACAACGGUCUACAAUUCCAUGUGGUGGCAACCAACAUGCAUCGUGGGAGCACGGUUGUGUCCUUUGUAUCUGUAGUGGAUGUGUGGCUAACUAAACAACAGGAGCAAACACGAAUUACAAUCGGACAAAACAGGAGAGUGAAGGUUGAUGGGAAGGAAGUGGACUCAUCUGCUUAUCAAAUCAGUCAUCUAGCAGAAAUAUAUCAUGAGCAGAAUUUUAUAGUUGUGAAUGCGUCACAUGAGCUCAUGGUCUACUUCGAUGGUCGUUUUACACUUUUAGUGAGACUGGGCCCAGGCUUCCAUGGAUCUGUAUGUGGGAUGUGUGGUAACAAUAAUGGAGAUCCUACAGAUGACAAGACCCUGCCGGAUGGAGCACUUGCACCAAAUGAUGCUGUUUUUGGCAACAGCUGGAAAUCAAACAUCAGUAGCCCAGGAUGUGGUGCUACUGACCAGCUUGGUGAUGCUAAUGAAUGCCCCUUCAAAGAAGAGUACUCUGAACUCUGCAGCAUCAUCACCAACACCAGUGGACCUUUCCGGCACUGCCAUUUCCAUAUCAACCCUGAAUCUUACUUCACUUCCUGUGUGUAUGACUUGUGUGCUUACCCACAGUCAUGGGGACAAGACCUGCUUUGUUCAACUGUGGAGGCCUAUGAUGCUGCUUGCACCAUACUGGAGCUCCAAAUCCCAGACUGGCGCUCUGAUCUAUCUUGCUCAACAGUGGACCCCUGUGAGGCUCUGGACUGUACUGAGAAUGAAUGGUGCGGGGAGAAAGAUGGCAUCUAUGGCUGCUUCUGUAAUGAGAAUUAUCCCAGACCGAACCCUGAAUCUUACAACUCUACUGAAAUAUGUGAGAGCAGCUCUGGCACCAUGAUUCUAUCCCGCUGUCAGCUGUUUGAAGCUGGUUUUCCUGCUAACAACCUGCACUUACAUGACCCCAGCUGCAAAGGAAAAGUUGAAGAUGGCAGACUGGUUUUCCACUUUGAUAAUGAUGACCACAUCUGUGGCACAAAUCUCACGGCCAAUGGCACCCACUUCAUUUAUGAGAACCAAAUCCAAGGGGAGGUGGACGCACCAGAAGGCUCUAUUCACAGGGAGAAAAGAUUGGAACUUAACUUCUCCUGCAUCUACCAGCUCACCCAGACAUUCAGCAUGGACACAGAGCUGAAUCCUAUUCAGAGCAUUGUGCACAAGAUUCUUCCAACUGGGCAGGGCAUGUACCAGGUCAGGAUGAUUCCCUAUGAGGAUGCUGGAUUCUCCCACCAGUACACUGGCAGGGUGGAUAUAGAGGUGGGCCAGCAAAUCUACAUAGGUGUCUUUGUUCAAGGAGUCGACAGCCGUCAGAUUGCCACAGUGAUAGAUUCCUGUUGGGCUACACCUGUAAAUGAGGACAACUAUACUGUCCGCUGGGACCUCAUCACUAGAAAGUGUCCUAAUCCACACGAUGGCACAGUGAAGAUUUUUGAGAAUGGUGUCUCCACAACUGGACGAUUCUCCUUCAAGAUGUUUUCUUUUCAUGAAAAUGAAUCCAAGGUUUUCCUUCACUGCAGCAUUCACCUUUGCCUUCUGAGAAAUCACAACUGUGCAGCGCGUUGUUUCCCUGGAUAUCGCCACCGUUCAGGCAGGUCUGUGGACAUUCAUGACAGUGCCUCCAUCUCCAUGGGGCCUUUUAUCUGGACCGCAAAAAGCAGAGGUGUGUAGGCCCAAGAGGAAAUAAAAAUGUCUUUUAUUGCAUUUCCUGAGCAUCCGGAUCAUUCUCCAAAUGCAUUAUGAGCAAAGAUUUUACGGCUUUAGUUUCUCUGUUAAAGAGUUUCCAUGACUUCUGAAUCAUAAAGAAAUAUUAAUUGUUAAUUACACAAUGAUUGAAUCUGUCUGUUUAAAUGAUUGAACAUCCUUUACAUUCAUUCUUAUUACUCUUAACCUUUGAGGGAGUUUGAGCUUGAGUUUGAGUAACAAUACACAUUACACUGACUGGGAGAAUAAAUUAAUGUUGGGUGUUCAAAUGGUGUGAAAUAUGUACUUCACCCUAUAGAAUGAUUCUACAGUAAUCCUGAAAAUGUUUUCCAUGUCUAGGCUGUUUUACGAUUUCAAUAAAGUUCUCUCUAACUGAGAAUGUUCUGUUUA